AUGUUUAACCUAGGCGUUCAGGUCAUCAACGGCCAAAAGACCUUUAUACCCCUAGAAAACAACCCAGAAGUCCACACGCAUCUAUGUAAGAACCUCGGAGUAUCCCCGAGCCUGACCUUCCACGAUAUCCUCUCCACCACCCCAGAAAUGCUCUCCUGGAUCCCACGACCUGUAAACGCCCUCAUCCUCCUCUGCGAUAAACCCAUCUACCUCGCCGCGCGUUCUGGUGUCGAACAUAGCAUACCCGAAUAUCUCGGUAGCGGGGCCGACGAGCCCGUGCUGUGGAUGAAGCAGACGAUCGGACAUGCGUGUGGGCUAAUGGCAUUACUGCAUGUGGUUGUCAAUUUGGAGAAUGGGAAAUAUAUCACGGCUGGAUCGGAGCUGGAGAAGAUUGUGAAGCUCGCAGUUGAGCUGGGGCCGGUGGAGAGGGCACGGCUCUUAUAUGAUUCGAGGUUUUUGGAAGAAGCGCAUAUGGAUGCGGCAUCCGAGGGGUGUUCAAUUGUGCCUUUGCCACAGGAGGAAUGUGGGUUUCAUUUUAUCGCUUUUGUUAAGAAAGAUGGGAAGGUUUGGGAAUUGAAUGGGGGGAUGAAUGGACCCUUAUUGCGAGGUGAAUUGGAAGGGGACUUGUUAGGAGAACAAGGGUUGGAUAUGACGGUGAGGGAGUUUUUACAUGCUGCCGACAAGGAAGUUCAUAGGGGGAUGAGUAUUAUUGCGACUACAAUGACCACAGUUCUCAUCAUCGGAGCCACAGGCAAACAAGGAGGGUCCGUGGUGAAGACCCUUCUGGAGAAAACUGCCCCUUUCAAGAUCCUCGCCGUGACUCGUGAUGCCAACUCCACUGCAGCGAGAAACUCGCCCAAAAGCAAUCUUAAAGUCCCAGCUGCCGUAUUCGAGAAUGUAAAGCGUCAAACCUCAACCCCAGUUUGGGGCGUUUUCAGCGUCCAGACCGCCAAUCCCAAAAAAAAAGACGACGAAAGAUGUCAAGGAAUCGCUCUGAUAGACGAGUCCAUCAAACAAGGCGUCAAGUACUUCGUGUACAGCUCCAUCGACCGCGGCGGCGAGAAAUCAGACCAAAAUCCAACCCCAAUCCUGCAUUUCAAUUUCAAACACGAGGACCGAGAUGGAAUGGACAAUUCCCCGUCCCGUGGCCUUUUUGAGAACUUCACCCCGGAUUACUUCGGAAAGGUGUUCACAACUGCAUGGCAGAUGUCUCUGAAUGGCAAGCCGUUGCAGCUGGUCACAACCAGUGAUAUUGGGUUCUUUGCGGCGGCGGCAUUUAUGAACCCCGAGGCGUCGAAGAAUCAUGCUUUCUCGCUUGCUGGAGAUGAAUUGACCUUUGAUCGCAUGUCGGAAAUCUUCAAGACCUUAACUGGCAAAGAUAUACCGACUACUUAUAAAAUUCCGGUUUGGCUGAUGUUGACUAGUGUUAAGGAGCUGGGAGUGAUGUUCAAAUGGUUUCAUGAUGAGGGAUAUGGUGCGGAUAUUCCGGCUUUGAAACGGCUAAACCCUAGGUUAAAGACUUUUGGAGAUUGGUUGAAGGAGGAUAGCCAGUUCGAGACACGGGAUAGUUGA